AUGACAUUAGAUGAUAUAGAAAAUAAUAAUAAUGACCAUGGUCAAUUUAUGCCAAUGUAUGAUGAAGGUGUUAAUUUUCCAUCCUACUCAAACAAUUUUCAACCAUUAAAAAUUGAAAAAAAUGAUAAAGAAGAUAGACAAGUUACAUGUUCAAUAGUUUUAUUUGUUUUGGGUUUUUUAUUAUUAAUUCCUUGGAUAAUAAAUGUCAUUAAUAUAAAAAGUAAAAAUAAAAUGGCAAGAGGAUUUAGUAUCGCAUCAGUAGUUUUGUUUAGUUUAUCAAUAGCCAUAAUAGUGAUUUUUGUAAUUUUUUUUAUUUUUUUAAUCACAUCUUUGCAUAAUAGUCAUAGAGAAGAUAGAUAA